AUGCCACGGGUGUCCCCUACACAACUUAGAAAAGCUCGUGACGUACAUAAGGUUCUUCCUUAUUUGCUAGCUCCCACACAGGGUUCACAAAAUAUGGCAUUGCAAGAGCUUCGAUGGCUGUCUCAAAGCUUUAAAACGCGGCUCUCGUUGACUUGGGCGUGCCGUAAAAGGCAUUCGAAUUAUCCAUUGCAAUACCUAUUGGGAAGUCAACCCUUUAAUAACUUGGAGGUUCUGUGUGAAGAAAAUGUAUUGAUCCCAAGAUGGGAAACUGAAGAAUGGUCAAGAGCCAUCUCUGUAGCGCUUGAGAGAUCAUUGCGACCAGACAUGAAUCAACUAAACAUCGUGGAUCUUUGUUCUGGAACUGGUUGUAUCUUACUGUCUCUACUGUCAUAUUUGGAACCGGACCAGAUAAAAACAGCUAUUGGUGUUGAUAUUUCACCAAUUGCAAUAGAGUUAAUUAAAAAAAAUAUAAUUUUUAAUCAAUUAAAUUUAUAUGAUGUCAAGUUGAUUCGAAAAGAUAUAAAUAAUUGUCAAACUCCGAUACAUUUUGAAAAUCACAUAGAUAUUUUAACUUGCAAUCCACCAUACAUACCGACCUUGAAUUAUAAUUCUUCUGUGUCAACAUCUGUAAAAUUAUAUGAACCUUCUUUGGCAUUAAAGGGUGAUUUAAUUUUUUAUAAAACGUUGUUAACACGUUAUUUACCAUUCACAGAUUCCUUUUUUUUGAAUUUGCCAAUAGUAACCAAUUUAAUUAUUUUAAAACAUCAUUAG